GCGAAUGCCCCGGCCUCGAUGUGUGCGUUGUUAUCAUUUUCGCUUUACGGCGCCAAUAUAACGAGGUCGGCUGUCUAUCGAGUACUCUGUAAGCACAUUUCGGCCUUCAAGUGAGGACCGCAGAGGGAGCGAAGAUGAUGCGGGCGAUCCGAGUAAACAAAUUUGGCGGUCCUCAAGUUCUUCAACUUUCGGAGAACGUGCCGAUUCCUGAAGUGGAACCACGCAAGGUCUUGGUUCGUGUGAAGGCGGCCGGCGUCAAUCCCGUCGACACCUACAUCCGUGAAGGCGCGUUCGCUUACACCUACCCACUGCCUUUCACGCCCGGAAAGGAUGGCGCCGGUGUUGUGGAAGAGGUUGGCGAGGGCGUCAGCAACGUUAAGCGUGGUGAGCGCGUGUUCUUCUCGAACCGGGACAUGAAGAACACGCAUGGCUCGUACGCCCAGUACUGCCUGGUGAGCGACACCGACGUCUGGAGGCUGCCAGAGCGCAUGUCCUUUGAGAAGGGAGCCGCUCUCGGCAUCCCGUACUUCACGGCUUACCGGGCAAUCGUGCUCAAGGCCAAGGCGCAGGCCUCUCACCGCCUCCUGGUCCACGGUGCAAGUGGGUCUGUGGGCACGGCCUCCGUUCAGAUUGCCAAGCACCUGGUGGGUUGUCAGGUGGCCGGCACAGCUGGUACCAGCUACGGCAUGGAGCUGGUCAAAAGUCUGGGCGCUGAGUUCACUGCCUGCCACAAGCAGCGGGACUACCUGCCCAAGAUCAUGGAAUGGACUGAAGGACAGGGUGUGGAUGUCGUCAUUGAAAUGCUUGCCAAUGUUAACCUGGACAACGACCUCACUCUCUUGCGCAAGAAUGGCGUCGUCAUUGUUGUGGGAAACCGUGGUUCCACCAAAAUCGACGCUAGGCACAUGAUGGGCAAGGAGACGUCCAUCAUCGGAGCAGCGAUGUUUGCCUCUACUCCGGAAGAGUGGCAAACCACAGCGGAAGCAGUCAUCAAGGGCGUCGAAGACGGCUGGCUUGACCCCGUGAUGGAUCGCACCUAUCCACUGGGCGAUGCCAAGGCAGCUCACCACGACAUCAUCAACUCAAAGGGUGCAAAAGGCAGGCUCGUUAUUAACCCAGAUCUGUGAUAUCACUGCCGAAGCCAUUGCAGACUUUUAUGGCAUCAGGCAUUCCUGUACGCCACCGCCAUGUUUUAUACAGUUUUUUCACUUUACGAGGCUGUGAUGCAGGGUAUCAGUUUGCCUGAAUGGUAGCAUCAUGUUUUCAGUUGUGUUCAAUGUUCACACAGUGUGGGAGGACACUGAACCAAGGGUCCAAGCAGUUGAGGCUCUUGUGGUGCAGAGGAGGUUCAGAGGUCGCAUAGUGAAUUUUCUUAGCAAAGGUAGGACAAAGAUUGUGCCAAAUUUACAAAAAUUGUUUUUUGAUCAAUUGGCAGAAAGCUGUUCCUUACAAAAAAGAAAUGUAACGCCCUUUCAGUUUGUGAUGUUGCCUGCCGGAAGCCUUUUCAGCUCCCUCUCGCUUCAUCAGCAACAUUGCUGCUGUCGCAGCAUUAAGAAAAUUCCUUUCGGGGUUCAUAUUGGAAGGAGUUCAUAAUGACCAUUCCUACAUAUCCCAACACGCCCUCCCCCCCAUUGAUCCUCUAUGCAUGCAGCAGAUGCCGCAGCCAGUAAAAAAUGAAAUGCAAAAAACCAGAGCCAACACUCGCUAGAAUAAAUCGAUGAGUCAUUCUCGUUAGCAACUCUUCAUUAGCUGCAUGUCAAAUUAUGACAAGUUGAGAUAACCAGUGGUCAUGAUAGUAUAGUCAAGGCUCAUUAUAACGAAGCAACAUUCAACACAAAAGUACCUUAUUUAUUCAAACAUUCGUUACAUAUCAAUGUUGGCAAGAAACAUUUUACACUUGCUUAGUUAUAUCCGAUAAUUCGUUAUAUUCGUGUUCGUUAGGUCAAGGUUUGACUGUAGGUCUGGCCCCCUAGUGGUACUUGUAGAUGGCAUAAGUGUCAACCCAGCAAACGAGCAACUUUUAGAUGGUACUGCCUGGUUAUGAUUUUACUAUUGACCCAUGAGCUGCGAAACCUGCAUUACUCGAUGUUCAUGGCAUUUAGGCAUGUACAAAAUGCAAAAUAUUUAAAUAUAACCGUGUUAUCGAAGAUGCAGGAUUUUUUUCUGCCUGCCUUUUGUUCUUCCAAUAUUGCAAAUAAAGCUCUGCUGUUUCGCCAGCAUGGAGUCUUACUGUGCUUUCUUCUUG